CUCCCCAGGGUCCUGCUGGACCUCAUGUCUGGGAACUACUUUUACACCCUUGGCUCCCCCUGCAUCCAGCUCCUAAAGUUAAAGCCUAACCCAUUUUUAUGAUAUCUAGGUCUCUGCGGUUAUAUCACCGGUUGUCCGAGAGGAGAAGGACGCGUGUCAACACAACUAUCGGUGCUAAUCUUCACUGCGGGCUAAAGUGUCCAGAUACCAACAGGCCCUCGAGAUGCGUUCACGUUCACACCGCGCGGUGACCACGGGAGAGUGAUGCUGGUCCCGAGCGGUCCGAGGAGCACAACUACAAUCCCCCAGCUGCCAUUCAAACACGCCGAGGCUCCGCGAAGAGGAGGAGGAGAAAGAGGAGGAGGAGAAAGAGGAGGAGGAGGAGGAGGACGCCUCCGUUCAUCAGUCCGCGCAGUAUAGUCGCCGCUGCCUGGAAUCUCCCGCGAGUCUUCGAACCAGCCUGCCGCGGAGGCGCGAGACACCGCCACGAGCUUCAAGCAAACCGCCGCGACCAACGGUCGCACGCGCACACGGGUGAGAGAGUGGGCAGUUGGGAAGAGAGAGAGAGAGAGGGGGAGAGAGAGCCCGUCUGUCAGUGUUAUUCUCCCGGUGUGGAUGUAGAGACAGCGGGGAGAGAGAGGACCACCGAGAAGGCGUCUGACCGCACGUACUUUCCCGAGUGUCCUCCCCUGAUCGGAAAGCCCCGGUCCUCAUCCCUGGCAGAAGUGGACAGCAGCCCCCUCCCCAUCCCCUCCCAUCAGCGAAAGAGCAUCAUGACCCAGGAGGGGCAGGCUCUGCCAGAGAGCCCAGUGGAGCCCGACGCCGCCGCAACCACCGGCGCCGCUGACCCCCCCGCAGAGACACACAGCCAGGCGGAGACGGAGAAGCUGGGGGCGAAGGACGACAGCGAGGAGGGAGAACAACAAGACAUCAGACGGGGAGAGGAGGAGGCCCAGGGGGAGACGCACGGGGAGGGGAGGGAGGACGUAAAGGAUGAGGGCGGAGAGGGCGAGUUGGAAGAGGAGAGUGCAGGAGGGGAACGACGUGCAGAUGGAGGGGCGGAGGGAGAGAGGGGAGGGGCGAGGGGGAGUGCGCAUGAGGAGGUGAGCUCGGCAGGUGAGGAGGAGGCAACGCAUGAGGAGGAGGGGAUGGAAGAGGAAGAGGAGGGGAAGGAAAGUGAAGAGAUGCAACCGUCUGCUGAAGAGGAGGCAGCUCACCCUGAACCAGCCGGCCGACUGGCUAAUGGCAUAGGUGGGAAUGAAGACGACGGCGAAGAGGCGGGCGAGGAGGACGAGGGAGGAGAUGAAGUGGGCACUCACACGCACUUGGACACUUUCAGCUCCAACUUCGAGACGACUGUAGAACAGGCCGACGCGGAAGUGGAGGAGGAGGAGGAGGAGGAGGAGGAAGAGGGCCAGAAGGAGGGAGAUGGGAGAGCGAAUCAGGACAGCUUCAGCUCGACGUUCGAGCAGAUCGUUGAGCAGGUUGACGUCCAGGAGGAGGAGGAUGAGGAAGAGGCGAGGGAGCUAAAGGAGGAGAGCGACAAGGGCAAGGUGGACAACAAAGACGGCUUCAGCUCCACGUUCGAGCGCAUCGUGGAGUCCGCCCUCCUGAGGGGCGGGACCUGCUACAGCAGCCUGGACUCUCUGGACGUGCUGUCGCUCACCGACGAGACGGACAGCUGCGUCAGCUUCGAGGCGCCACUGACGCCGCUCAUCCAGCAGAGGUCGCUGCUCCAGGGCCCCGAACCCCUGGAGCUGGAGCUGGAGACCGUUCAGGAGCUCGAAGGGGCCGAGGCCGGACCGGAGUCCCCGAGCGACCUCGCCGCCGGGGGGAGCGCCGUCUGCGGAGCGAUGGCCGGAGUCGGAGGAAGCCCGCUGAGGACCACCAUACCGGGAAGCAGGUCCGAGUUUAUGCUGAGCCAACCGGCACGCUGGGGCAUCCCGAAUGGUUACCAUGGAGCCGUGGAGGAUCGUGGAGCCAUGAUCAAGUCUGUCAGCGAUGCCAACCUCACAGACUCGGAGGAGUGCGAUUUGGGCAGCCAGGAGCGCUUGGAGCGCGGCAGCACCGACACGCUGGCCAACGGCUGCCGAGCCGACUUCGGGGCCGCCAAGAGGCUCGCCAAGCGCCUCUAUCACCUCGAGGGCUUCAAACGCUGCGACGUGGCCAGACACCUGGGCAAGAAUAACGAGUUCAGCCAGCUGGUGGCGUCGGAGUACCUGAGCUUCUUCGAUUUCUCCGGCCUGUCGCUGGAUCGAGCCCUGAGGACCUUCUUGAAGGCCUUUCCGCUCAUGGGAGAGACCCAGGAGAGGGAGAGGGUCCUCGUGCAUUUCUCCAGACGCUUCUGCCACUGCAACCCACGGAUACUUAUCCCCGAGGGUCAGAGCCCAGAGGAGAAGGAGGAGGAGGAGAAAGACGGCGAUGACGACGACGACGACGAUGGAGCCCACACGUUAACCUGCGCCCUCAUGCUGCUCAACACCGACCUCCACGGACACAAUAUUGGGAAGAAGAUGUCGUGCCAACAGUUCAUCAGUAACCUCGACGGCCUCAACAAUGGCAAAGACUACCCGAAAGACUUAUUAAAGGUCUUGUAUAACUCGAUCAGGAAUGAGAAGCUGGAGUGGGCAGUUGAGGAGGAGGAGUUGAGGAAGAGUCUGUCGGAGCUGGUGGAAGAGCAGUGCGAGGGCGGGUGUAAGCGCGUUGCCAGGGUAACGGACGGCAGUAACCCCUUCAUCGCCAUCCCCAUCCUCUUGAACGCCGUCACCUACAAACACGGAGUGCUGAGCCGCAAGAGCCACGCCGACAUGGACGGCAAGCGCACCCCGAGGGGUCGGCGCGGUUGGAAGAAGUUCUAUGCGGUACUGAAGGGGAUGAUCUUGUAUCUCCAGAAGGAUGAGUACAAGCCUGACGCUGACAUUUCGGAGGUGGACCUGAAGAACGCAGUGCGGAUCCACCACGCUUUAGCCACUCGUGCCACCGACUACAGCAAGAGAUCCUUCGUGCUGAAGCUGAAAACCUCCGACUGGAGAGUCUUUCUGCUGCACGCCUCGAGCGAGGAGGAGAUGAUGUCUUGGAUCUUCCGCAUCAACCUGGUGGCGGCGCUGUUCUCCGCCCCGGCCUUCCCGGCCGCCAUCGGCUCCAUGAAGAAAUUCUGUCGGCCCAUCUUGCCGUCUUCAUCCACCCGACUGAAACAGGAGGAGCAGCUGCUGAGUCACGAGAGCAAGCUGAAGCAGAUGAGCCUGGAGCUGGAGGAGCACCGGAAAAACUCGCCCUCGGUCGACCCCAAAAGCCGCGAGUGGGAGGAGCACCGGCUCAAAGAGCACUACCUCACGUACGAGAAGAGCCGCUACGAGACGUACAUCAGCCUCCUGGGGGCCAAGAUCAGCGCGGAAACGGACGACCUUGAGAAGAUCGAGGCCGGCGUGAUGGGGGGCCUGAUCAUGGACGGGGUCAUGGCCGGCCGCGAGGGCCACCUCCGCAAGACGCAGUCCUCCCCGUCCAUCAGUCAGGCUCACGGCGGCGCCCAAGGACAGAGGAGCUGAGGUCGAGGAAGGAGGAGCGAGUGGCCUCGGCCCAAAAGAACGGCGAGCUUAAAUCCUCCGACUCCUUCGUGGGCGUUCCUGUUCGUAUUUUGUGUUUUCGGGCACUUCCUGUCGUCCGUACAGCGAGAAACCGGAGAGAAGUCGCUCUCUCCUCCCCAGAAUGUAUCCGCCCUGGUGAUAAGUGUCUGUCCUUAGCAAUAGACGGAGAGGGCCGCGGGCCCCUCCGCUUGAAACCCAAGUGACCCCGCCGGACCUCAGCCCUUUGGAACUCUUAAGUAUUGCACAUUCAAAACGAUCAUACCCGUGAUCACUAUUUAUACCACGACGUCAUCAGUAUUAUUUUGAGAAAUGAAUCUCGGAUCUCUUUAGAUGAAAUGUGUUUUUAGUUGUGAUUCAUAAUGUAUUUUAUUGAAGGGCCAGAGAACGAAGGAGGAGCCGCUUCUCCCGGUCCUCUCUGGAGAUGGAGAUGGUACUAAUGUAGCAUUGUGGAAAGUUCUUCAUCCCCCGCCCAUGUUGACGCACCCAGCCGCUCACACAGGUGUGUGUGUGUGUGUGUGUACGGACCUUUACGUGUUAAGUCACAGCAGAGACUCUCAAAAAAGAACUUCUCAGAAGGAUCAAGUCCCUGCCAUGUAUAGCAUAUAUUUAUUUAUUUAAUUCUCCAAACCUUUAUUAUUCACCCCGGGGACCUUUUUACAGCGAUUACGCUCGCUCUGUCCCCCCCCCCCCUCUCUCUUUCUCGACAUUCGUGCAGUUGCAUCACGUACACACACGUCGCAUCCGCUACAUUCGUGAGCGCUUUGAAGGAGCGGUGUUUGAACUCCGCCAGAGGAGCUGGAGGUCGAGUGCCUUACUCACGGGCACCUUGACACGAGCUGUGGUUUAGAGAGUCGGUCAGAGAGAUCCCAAACACUGACAUGCCUUCAGUUAUCCCGUUUAUAACCAGUCAAACCCGAACUGAGGAAGAUGAAGAUGACGGUGUGUGUGAGCACCUUAAUCCAUCCCAACCAGCCCAAACACGCUCGCACACACGCACACACGGACACGCACGCACACACGCACCUUUUCUCGCUCUUGGUAAUUUGCUUAUAUGACACAACUGUAGUGAGCUCAGCGGUCACUCAGAACCAGAGCUGUGACUCUGGCCAUUAAUAAUAAUACAUAUAUAUAUAUACAUAUUAAUAUAUAUAUACAUAUAUAUAUAGACACAUAUAUAUGUAUAUAUUAAUAUAUAUAUAUAUAAAACAUGUAUAUGUGUAUAUAUAUGUAUGUAUAUAUUACUAUAUAUAUAUUAAUAUAUACACAUGUAUAUAUAUUAAUAUAUAUACGCGUGUGUAUAUAUAUAUAUAUACACACACAUAUAUAUAUAUACAUUUAAUAUACAUAUAUAUAUACAUGUAUAUAUUCAUAGAUAUAUAUAUAAUAUAUAUAUAUGAAUAUAUACAUGUAUAUAUAUAUGUGUAUAUUAAAUGUAUAUAUAUGUAUAUACACAUGUAUAUAUUAAUAUAAUGGUGACCAACAGGAUCUGAGAUCCUUUUUGGAGACUUGGCCAGAAACCUGGGAGUCACAGCUGGAUCCUGGUCUUGGAUCCUGGUUUUGGAUCCUGGUCUUGGAUCCUGGUGCAGACCGAGAUGCUGAAGUGGAGGUUUCCAGACAGGAAGUAGCGUUUUAUAAAGCUGUGUUGUGAGGACGAAUAACUGCUUUCUUACCGGGAGACUUCCCCUCGUCGUCACGUUGGCUGUCGUGCUAACCUUUGUUCCCCAAUGUUCUAGGGUAGCCUGUGCUUUAGGAUCGUAGACAAAAUAUUGUUGAUUGUUAUGUUUUAUUUUUUUUAAAUGACAACUUCGGCACCUUGAUGUCAGCAUUGGAGCCGUCUCUCGUUUUGUUUGUAUAUCGGGACUGUUUUUUUCGACAGGAUGCUUAUACUAUGUAAAGGACAUAUUUACUGAAUAUUUAGUCUGUGCUUCAUAAAGUAAGCUUUUAUACAGAUAA